UGCCAGGUCAUUACCCAGAGACCACUGCAAAAGCCGUGUGUAUGUUUGAGAUACAGUACUAUUUUCUUUUUAAUUUUACGGAGCGAUACGUUGUAACAGACCGGCGAUUACAAUGAAAGAUGUCACCGGGUACCUUAAACAGCAGCAGGGCAAGAGCUCAACGCAAGAAAUGGCAACGGAAUGGCACACUUUGGAGGAGCUUUACAACAAAAAGUUGUGGCACCAGCUUACACUGAAGCUAACGGGUUUUGUACAGGAGCCUUGCUUUGCCACUGGUGAUGGACUCAUUCAGCUAUAUGAAAACUUCCUCAGUGACUUUGAGCACAGAAUCAACCCACUGUCCCUGGUGGAGAUCAUUCUUCAUGUAACCCGCCAGAUGAUAGAUCCAAAUGUUGCCAUCGCCUUCCUUGAAAAAACAAAGGAAAAGGUGAAAAGCAGCGACGAAGCUGUGAUCCUCUGCAAGACCUCCAUUGGAAGUCUCAAGCUGGAAAUAAAUGACCUUCCCGCCACUAAGAAACUAAUUGAGGAGGUGGAGGAGAUGUUGAAUAAUCUGCCUGGUGUCACAUCUGUGCACGGGCGUUUCUACGACCUCUCCAGCAAGUACUACCGCAUCAUCGGGAACCAUGCGUCUUACUACAAAGACGCUCUACGAUACCUGGGGUGUGUGGAUGUUAAGGACCUUUCAGAGGCUGAGCAGCAGGAGAGAGCCUUUACAUUGGGGCUGGCAGGACUCUUAGGGGAGGGAGUUUAUAACUUUGGAGAACUGCUCAUGCAUCCAGUGCUGGAGUCUCUCAGGAAUACAGACAAGCAGUGGCUGAUCGACACACUUUAUGCCUUCAACGCGGGCAAUGUGGAGAAAUUCCAGGCCUACAAGACUGCUUGGGGUCAACAGCCUGAUCUCGCAGCACAGGAACACAAGCUAAUGCAGAAGAUUCAGCUCCUUUGUGUGAUGGAGAUGACGUUCACGCGUCCAGCCAAUCACAGACAGCUGACUUUCCACGAAAUCGCACACAGUGCCAAAAUCCCAGUGGAGGAGGUGGAACUGCUGGUGAUGAAGGCUCUGUCUGUGGGGCUGAUCAAAGGCAAUAUCGACGAGGUGGAUCAACGGGUUCAAAUGACCUGGGUACAGCCAAGGGUAUUGGAUCUGCAACAGAUCAAGGGCAUGAAGGAUCGCCUGGACUCAUGGUGUGGCGAUGUGAAGAACAUGGCUAUGCUGGUGGAGCAGCAGGCCCACGACAUUCUCACCUAGAGCAGGCAUCCUGCAGGUUCUGCGUGGCUGUCCAGCUUUUACCUGGGUCCUUCAGACCUCUCCAACACCCACUGGGGCAUCAUCUCUGACUGUAUUUUGGAAUAGUGACUAAGAGGAACUGCAGUACCCAACACAUUAAACUCUUCUGAGUACUGUUUUAUAUUUAAAGUUGGGUGCUAUGUUUUACUCUUCUUUUUCAUUUUAUUUCUUUAAAAAAUGUUUUGGACCAUUUAAUUUUUUUUUAAUCCAUGUGUUUUUUUGCCCAGUUAAAGUCAGACAGCCAACCACAUUUUACUGAAAACAUACGCAGCCCAGUGUUUAAUCUGUUCUGCAGAUACAGUUCAUGUCUGUAACUGCCCAUGUUCAGUUCAAGAUAGAUACUAAAAUAUGUAAUAUUUUUUUUUUGUACUGAGCAAGUCAGUUUGCUAAAACCACCACUUACUGACAGGGGAUGUUGUUUUUUUUUCCCAGACUCAAUAAAGGAAACUUACUUCA